GACUCGAGAAGAAGUCAAAGAAGCCGUCUCACCGCUUCACAAAGCAACGAUAUCCACGAACAAGAGGGGCAGGAUGCUUUACAUCCUUGACUAUGGGGCCGGCAAUGUGCGCAGCCUCGCAAACUCGAUUCGAAAGCUUGGACACGACUUUGAAUGGGUCAAGCAACCCUCGGACCUGGCCAAGGCCGAUAAACUGCUCUUUCCCGGCGUGGGUCACUUUGGACCGGCGAUGGAAUCGCUGCAGAGGCAAGGCUAUGCUGAGCCGCUCAAGGCCUACAUCGCAUCGGGAAAACCGUACAUGGGCAUCUGCAUCGGCAUGCAGGCCCUCUUUGAGUCCUCCACCGAGGCUCCCGGCAUUGCUGGUCUCGGCAUCGUGCCUGGUCAGGUCGACUGCUUCACCCCGUCAGAGAGCAAGACAGUGCCGCAGAUGGGCUGGAACACGGCGAGAAGCCUGAGGAGGGACGCUGCCUCGUUUGGCUUUUCCGUCGGCGAUGACGAGGCGCAGCACUUUUACUUUGUCCAUUCGUAUCGUGCCGCGCUUGAUGCAACAAAACACAACGAGUGGGCUCUGACGACGACGCAAUACGGCGACGAGGUGUUUCUCUCCAGUGUGAGCAGAGGCAACGUGUUUGCGACACAGUUUCACCCAGAGAAGAGCGGCCGGGCAGGCCUCGAGGUGCUGAGGGCCUGGCUGGAUCGAGGGAGCGAGGGAGCAUCGAAAGAUGCGCAAUGGCUUGUCGAUCUCGAAGACGCAAGCCGUCCGAGGAGCACAGAUGGACUGACCAAAAGGAUUGUGGCCUGUCUGGAUGUGCGAAGCAACGACGAGGGCGAUGUCGUCGUCACAAAGGGUGAGUCAUACGACGUGCGAGAAAAGGCGCAGCAGCAGCACCAGCACCAGCAGCAGCAGCAGCAGCAACAACAACAGUCGAAUGCGGCCGCCUCGUCGUCAGGGCAACGGGCCGUUCGCAACCUGGGCAAGCCCGUUGAUUUGGCCAUGCGAUACUACCUCGAGGGCGCCGACGAAGUCGUCUUCCUCAACAUCACCUCCUUUCGCAACUCGCCCCUGAAGGACCAACCGAUGCUGGCCGUCGUGGCUGCUGCCGCCGAGAGCGUUUUUGUGCCCCUGACAAUCGGCGGAGGCAUCAAGGACAGCGUCGAUCCCGACGGGACAAGGCACUCUGCGCGCGAAGUAGCCGACGAGUACUUUCGUGCCGGCGCCGACAAGGUCUCGAUUGGCUCCGAGGCUGUUCUCGCCGUCGAGGAGCUUCUCGCCAGUGGUGGCACAAAGACGGGUCAGACGGGCAUUGAGACAAUCAGCCUGGCCUACGGAAAGCAGGCCGUCGUUGUCUCCAUUGACCCGAGGAGGGUGUACCUCGAGCAAGAAGAGCACGUCGACGAAAAGCACCGACCGAGCGUCGUCGAGCGAGAUGGCAAGCGGUGGUGGUACCGGUGCACGAUCAAGGGCGGACGAGAGGAUCGCGACAUCGAUGUCGUCCAGCUCGCGAAGGGCGUCGAGACCCUGGGCGCCGGUGAGAUCCUAGUCAACUCCAUUGACCAAGACGGAAAGGGGCAGGGUUUCGACCGGGACCUCAUCGAUCUCGUCAGAGCGAGCGUGCGCAUUCCCGUCGUUGCCAGCUCUGGCGCAGGUUUGCCCGUGCAUUUCCGAGAUGUCUUUGAGCCAAAGCCGCUGGCUCGAGCCACCGCUUCGACAUCGCCCCCGACCAGUGUCGAGGCUGCGCUGGCUGCCGGCGUCUUCCAUCGCAAGGAAAUGACAAUCGACGAGGUCAAGCAGCACCUCGCCGACGGCGGCUUCAAGGUCCGAAGGGAGCGGACGGAUCAAGGGGCCGCAAAGGCUGUCCAAGAGGCGACAGCGCGGGGUGUCAAGGCCGGUUGACAGACUUCCCGACUACAUCGCUUUUUUCUAGAAUAGACAGAGUUUGGGCAAAAAGUAAUACAAAGAUGCAAGCGUG